AUGAAGAACAGGGAAAGGAUUCUUAAGGAGGUGGUAGAGAAGUAUGAGCAAACCAUCUUCUUCAUGGUGGACAAGGAUCAAUGCAUGAUGGAAGCAUUGGAGCCCCGGAUUGUCUGGAUCAUACCCAUGGGGUAUGAAGUUGACUCCAUUACACUUGAAUCUUAUGCACAACAUCUCUUGAGUCAACCGGUGGAUCCCAAGGAAGGGAGAUUUGGGACAUUUAAGGAGAAAGAUCUUAGUUUGCUCCAACAGUUUACUGCCCCUGCCCAAAAGAUAAAGGUAGCCAAGAUGGCAGAAGAAGUAGCUGCUCAGAUGGGCUUCACCAAGGAGGAGGUGAAGAAGGCCAGAGAGAAAUAUUCUCAAAAGGAGGCAACUAAGUCUGCUCCUGCUCCAGUGGCACAACUUGCUAAACCCAUCUCAUCCGGAAAAGGUGUGCUGAAACAAAAAGAAAAACCUAAAAGAACUUAUGUUGUAGUAUCUUUGGUGGCCUCAAAAACUAAAUCUGAGGAAGAGGCAGGAAGAGCGAAGAAAAAGGGUGAAUUUGUCCGACAGAUUAUAUUUUGUGAUCUAUCAUUUCAUGUUGAAGAAGUAGAAAGAAAGUAUGAUCACACUCUUUCAUCUGGAUAUGGAUCACAGAGUCGGUUAUCCUCUUGGCGGGGAUUGAACUGUUGCGAGUGGGAGGGUGUUGCCUGCGAUUACCAUACAUCCCAUGUCAUUCGCCUUGAUUUAAGCAAUCAAGGCUAUUAUGAUGAAGCUCAUUAUGAUUAUUGGUACAACCAUCAGUUGAGUGGGGAACUUUGUCCAUUGCUGUUUAAUCUGCAGCAUCUACAACACUUGGAUUUGAGUGGGAAUGACUUUGAGGGUGUUUCCAUUCCUCUCCAGUUGUCAAACUUGCCGAGUGUUACAUUUCUUAGCUUGUCUAAUGCUGGAUUUGGGGGCGAAGUCCCUCUGGAGCUGGGAAAUAUGUCAAGCUUGCAGCAUUUGGAUAUUUCAGGUAAUGACUGCUUGACUAUUAGUAUGUUAGAUGCAUGGGUAAGCAAGCUAAUAAGCUUGGAAUUCUUGGAUAUGAGUGAAGUGAACCUGACAAUGGUAUCUCAGCACUGGGGUGAAGCCCUUACCGGUCUUCCCAAUCUUACCCAGAUUCACCUGUCUGACUGUGGGCUCUCUGGUAAUAUUCCAGAUCUCUCAAACCUCACCCAUUUAUCUCAUCUAGAUUUAAGCUUGAAUUCUUUCCCGUUUGAACUACCCUCUUGGUUUGAGAACGUAUCCUCAUUGGUUUCACUUGAUCUCCAACAGUGUGAUCUAAAUGGCUACAUCCUUUCCAAUUUCAUGCCCCACUCAGAACUGAGAAAUCUUGUGCUUACAUUUAAUCUUCACUUGAAAGGAAGCCUUUCUUUCAUUCUAAACAACUCUUCCUCCCUUGUUGUGCUUUCCCUUGGUAGCUGCAAUUUAACAGGAGCGAUCCCUCCCUCCAUUGCAAAUUUUUCAAAGCUUGAGACCUUGGAUUUAUCCCAUAAUAGUUUGCAAGGCGGUGUACCAUCUUCUUAUGACAACCUUUUUUCCCUUGCAACUCUAGACCUAACUUAUAACCAGCUAACUGGUCAGAUUCCCCCGUCUCUGUGUCAGCUUCCGACAUUAAGUGAACUCCGUCUAGGCCAUAACCAACUGUUAGGAACAAUUCCAGAUUGCAUCUAUAAGCUGGUCGGUUUAAAAGCAUUGUCACUUCCUUCCAGAGGAUUAAGAGUUUUCCCACCUGGAGUUCCUUGGAUUGAGAUAUUGCAAUAUAGAAGGCGAGUUACCUGCAUUUUUUCCCAGCAAUAUCUAUUGAAGGAGCUAAAUCUUUCAAAUAACAACAUUGUGGGAAAUCUUCCUUUGUCGCUGUGGGAUUUGCCUAAUCUUCUUCUGCUAAAUCUUUCAAACAACCAACUGGAAGGUUUUCUACCUCAGCAGAUAUCCCAUAAUUUUUGGGGGGUGAAUUUACAUGGCAAUAAAUUAUAUGGCUCCCUUCCUGCUCUUGAUUUUGUUACAUAUUUAUUAGAUCAGUCAGAUAAUGAGUUUAAUGGGUCUAUUCCUGCAAGAAUUGGCACAUCAACUUUUCUAUUAUUGUCAAGGAAUAAUCUCACUGGAGAAAUUCCAAAUUUUACAUUUAUCGAUUCAAAUUAUUUGGUGAAUUUGGAUUUAUCAAAGAGCAAGCUGACAGGUAUGAUUCCUACAAGCAUUGGGAGUUGUUCUCAAUUAUCAGUUUUAAAAUUGGCUCAAAAUUCUUUGCAAAGGGAGAUUCCAGAGGAGUUGGGAAAUCUGCAGACUCUUAGAGCACUAAAUCUCAAUGGCAACAGGUUGGAAGGUAUUAUUCCUUCGUCCAUUGUAAAUUGUACUGGCUUCAAUUAUUAG